AUGAAAAUAGAAUAGUCAUAUAUGCACAGGUCCUCAUAACCAGCAUCUUUGAUUAAGGAUACUUUUGCAUCAGAUCCAGAAUUGACAUAUUAGUAGAAACUUAAGAAUAUUAAAAGAACUGGUAUAGCAUGUGCCUUCGGUAUAGUAUUGAGUUUACCUCAAUUCAUCAUGCCAUUCUUCUUUGGUGACGAAGUUAUUCAAAGUUAUUAAGUUUAGUUGAUAGUUUAUGCAGCUAUCAAUUUUGUAUUGUGCUUAGUUGGAUUUUGUUGGUCCCGCUCUCAAUCAAUCUUAGGAAAUAAAACAUCAUCAUAUGGUGGGUUUACAGGCGAUGAUAUUACUAUUUUUUACAAUCCCUUAGGUGAUUGCUUGUUUGGUUUUGGUUCAUUAUUUGCAGUAGUCAACUUAUUAAUGACAUAUCUUCCAUUUGCACUCUACGGCUUUAACAGAGCUUAGUAUAUAGCUGAUUUUGGAGAAGAAUCUUCUUAGCUUGCUAUUUUCAACAAGAAUUACUAAGCUUUAUUAAUUACUUAUGGCAUCCUUUCAUUCAUUAUUGCUAUAAUUCUUUCAAUAAGUGCAUAUGCUUCUUAUCAUUGCUCUGCAACAUUCAAGACUCUCCGUAUUUUUGGAAAUCUCUAUAACCUCGCAUGGGGAUUCUUUUGUGUUUGGGGUGCAUACACUGUCAAAAAAAUCCAAGGAUAUUUAGCACUCAGUACCUUUAAGAGUUUAAUUUCUAGCAAUCUUUUAGAGGCAGCUUAUGUCAUUUUGCUAAUAUAUGCUUCAUUGAGUUUUGUUGUUUACCUAGUUAUAACUUUGAAAAAGAGAACACCUCAUGUAACACUUGGUACUUUCUUCUUGGUUCUUAUAGUUGUGCUCACAGGUAUGAAUUACGGAAUCGCUAAAAGCUCUUUCGAAAUCAAGAGAAACUACACCAAAGACUGUGCUAAUCAACUUAAUGAGUUGCCUGAAAGUGAACUGGCUAAUUUCGGAUGUACCAAAUAUGUUGUGAAAGAUAACUAAUUAGAUACAUCUUGUAAAGAUUCAGAAUCUCUCAGUAAAUAUUUCAAAUUUAACUGGGAAUAAUCUGUCAAGGAUGGUAAACCUUUCUAUGUUAGCACACUUGAAAAUUCUUGCUUAAAUGGAAACUGUUGCAGAAGUGUUGGAUAUUAUUAUGCUUACUAUCCCUAUUAACUCUACUUUAUUUUCAUUACAUUAACCUUAAUUGGUUUACUUAUUACUUACAUAUGCUUCCAUCUAUCUCAUAAGGAGAAAAUUGCAAUUGAAGGAAAGAAAGAUUUCUAAUUUAACAUAGUUGAUGGAUUUUUCUUCCUCUUGCUUUUAUCACUAGUUAUUGGAACUUGUGUAGUAUUAAGACACACUACUUCUAAUCCUCCUGAUCUCCGCUCUAAUCACGUCAGCACUGAAGCUCCUCCUUAACCCUAGCCUGAACCACAACCCUAACCAGAACCAUAACCUAAUCCUGAACCAUAGCCUACUGAGCCAUCAGAACCAACACAACCCAGCUUUAAAUUAAAUGUUGGUAAAAAUGCAUGGUUAAAUGACUUAAUUAACGAAAAUGUUUUAAGCAUGAAGGAUUACUCAAAUAAAGAAUGUCAAUUAGUCAAGAAUUUAAUUGAUGAUUAGUUAUUUAAAGGUUCUUUUGAUUUCAAUGUUGAUGAAAGCUCCGAAGGUAAGGGUAUCCGUGUCAGCAUUCUUGCUUCAAGAGGUAAUUUCAAGUACGAAAAGGAUAACAGCGGUAAACUCUUCUUCUUAGAGACAGAUGACGUAAAAAAUAUAGUUUUUAGCUUUAUUUCUAAUAACUCAGCUAAAAAGAAUAUGCCUUUCUUCUCUAUCCUUGGUCUUCCUGAAGACGUAAACAACUUCUUGAAUAACUAGUUGUAUUACUGUGGUACAAAUCCAUCAAACUUACCUCACUUCCUUAUUGAAAAUUAUGUUGUUGAUGUUCCUAAGAUAGCUCCUUCUAGUGAUAAUGAUAAAAAUCAAUAGGGAUUCAAGAAGUCAAUUCAACAUGGUCAUUCAAGCAAAUUAAAUAAGAUGAUUAAAUCUGCCUUUGCAUAAACUUCUCCUGGAACUGUUGCUCUAGUUGAAAAGUAUGAAAAAUAUAUUGAAUCUAAAAAAUAAAAUUCUAGUUAAGGUACUUUGGAAUCAGGUGAAUCUCAUCCUCAAUAAUAAUGCUAAAAUUUUUAUAAUGAAGAAUUAAAGAGAACUGAUAUCUGCAAUUUUUAUUAAGGAGAUGUUUAAAAUCGUAAAGGCAGUUUCAGCUUUAUAACAAAAUCUUUAAAUAUUGGUGAAGCUAAAUAAAAUAUAGUUGGACGUGUAGUAGCAAUAGACUCAAAAGACACUACCUAGAUUAAAUAUACUGCUGUUUGUAACUAAAAUGUUAUUGUGAAUGUCUUUAACGAAGUAGGCCAAGAAGUUCUUCUUGCUCAAGCUACUACAGACUCUGCUACAGGGUAGUUUACUUUCUCUAUUCCUAUACUCCCCAGUACUGUUAGAUAUUCUGCAAAAUUACUGAUUUCCAAUAAGUCCUAUCAAGACACAGUUAAAAUAAUCUAGUUAGGAGGUCUUAAUAGUGAAAUCUCUUAACAAUUAGGUGAUAUUCAUUUAACUAAUAUCUAUGAUAAGCCUUAAGAAUUAUAAGCUGCUAACCAAUGCUCUGCUGAUGGUGUUAUAAAAACUCCUGAAACAAACAUGGUAUCCAAAAAAUCUAAAUAAAACAAAUCAUCAUAAAAGUAAAAUAAAGAAAAAUCUUUAAAUUCCUUGAAAAAGACAACAAAUUUAGUUGAUGAUUGGUGUGACGAAUAUACUAAAUAAAAGAAUUUAAAUGAUAAAUACUGUCCUUUUAAUUCUCUAUUUAGUACCUCUAGCUAACAACCAGUCAGCAAUAGCUUUGCUUUGUUCCAAACAAAACAAUCUAUUUCUGGUGAAUAGGAACUUCCUCCCAUCAGCCGUUUCAGUGCAACUAAAAUAUAAGGAGUUUAAUUUAGAAACGUUGAAAUUCAUCUCACUGAUAUUUUACUUUCAGGCAAGAAAGACACAAAAUCAGCUAAAAAGACAAAUCAAAGUGCUAGAUAAGUUUCUGUUUCAGAAGGAGCUGUUAUCAAGUUGUACCAAAACAAUGUAAAUUGUAGUGAAGAACUCGAAAAUUAGAAUCCACUAUUCGUAGGUGAAGUAGAAUCGAAUGAUAAUUUAGGGGCCAGCUUAACAGUUUACAACUAGAUACUUGGAGAUUAUACCCUUGAAGUCACUUACAAAAAUAAAAAUUAUCACUCUUAUUGCUAGCCUUUUACUCUUGCAUAUGACGGAACAAAUACUAACUUUAUAUUAAAUGCUCCUAUCGUUCGCAGGGAUAUGUCUUACAAAGGUAGUGGUGUAGUAGUUUUGGAAAAUCGUUUCUUGUAGAAUGGAUCUGAACAUCUUGGAGCUACUCUCGGAAUGAGCAUAGUAUUUAAUGAAGAUAAAGAGUGUCUUGUUUCUGCUUAUAACCGUCAAUGUGUUGAUUACUCCUACGUUAAGACUUAAUACGCUUAAGCAAUCAGUUUUAAAAAUACUUACAAUCGUAACUCACUUUUCUUUGUUUCUAAGAUGGCAAAUACUCCCUCUGAGUAAACUUUGGUUGAGAAAUCACGUGUUUAAGGUAAAGAAAUUCCUAAUGAUCCUUCCCUCCGUGUAAACAAUUCCGUUUUCCUCCAAUAAGACAUAGUUGUAAAGGUUUAUGUCCCAGAAUCUGAAUACGAAGUAUCAACUUAUUACCCCCCUAUUUACGAUAGCAGAUUAUCUUCAAACACUCAACUUACAUGGUUAACUUUCUGUUAUGAUGGAAACUAUGGCUUGAUUAGUUAAAAGCCUAUCAAUUAAUACUAUGACAAUCAAACCAAAAAACAAUUCCCAAGCGCUUCAUUCUGUGAUUCUUUCUACAAAGGCAAUCCUUACUAAGGACCUAAGUGA